AUGGCGGCGCUCGGGCGCUCGGCGGGGGCUGACCCGAGUGAGAAAGGUGUGCUGCCGGUGGGAGCUGGGGAAAUGCCCAAGGACAUCAAGAUGGCAACAUACACAAGUGGUCAACCCAACCCCUCUCUAGGAGAUAACAAACUUGGAUCAUUGGUCAUUGAAAUCAUAGAAAAAAAAUUUGAAUAUCUUAAAAAAGAAAAUACUUUAAAUAUACGUACGGCACUGCUCAUUGGAACAACAACUGGCCUCUCUGGAAUACUGGCAAACUUCCUUUUCAGACACUGCUUCAAGGUUAAACAUGAUGCUUUGAAGACAUAUGCAUCGUUGACUACACUUCCGGUUUUGUCUACCUUAAUUACUUAUAAGUUUCUUGUUACAGAUCCUUUAUAUUCAGGUAAUAUAAGCAUGGAAGAAUGUGUUCUGAGAAGUUCACUGGUUGGCAUAGUAUGUGGUGUUUUAUAUCCAACUGGUUUGGCUUUUUCUAAAAAUGGACGUCUGGCAGUAAAGUACCAUACUGUUCCACUGCCACCAAAAGGAAGGGUUUUACAUCAUUGGAUGAUGCUUUCUCAAACAGAUAUAAAAGGAAUGUUGAUUCCUCUAGCCUUUCAGAUAGUCUUUGGAGUAUUUCUUGGUAUAAAACAUUAUGAAAUAUUUCAGAGUACGUUAGAGAAAACUGUACAUGAAGAUUAA